AUGAAGAGAAAUUCGAAAAGUAGUAGUAGCAAGAGAUACAGAAAAAAAUCUAAGAUAAUGGUGAAAGGCACAUUGACAAAUCACUUGACGAUGCAGCUGAAUUUACCUCUUCCAUCUUUCAAUCCUUCUCUAUUCCAGAAACAGAAACCCCUUGAUUUUGAUGCCGACGACUCUACCAUUGAUAGAGAUUUCAUCCGCAGUCAGGAUUUCUUCUGUACGCCUGAUUAUAUUACUCCAGCAACCAAUACAGAUUCGAGCUUGGAAAAUAUUACAUGUCCCAAGUCACCUGAGAAAAUUAAGACCAUUAGGAGUAAGCGGCAAAAAUUAGAUAUUGACUUGGAAGCACCCCACGAGCCAAUUGAUACUGGACAUCAGUCCAUGGUAGAUCUUGUCGAAGAUAAUUUAUGGACGGAUGAAAUGAAGAUAGACAAAGAAGUUGAGUGGCAAAAUAAUCACAAUUAUCUUUCAAAGUCUGCAGUGGCUCUACGGUGUAGAGUGAUGCCUCCCCCAUGCUUGAAGAAUCCGUACCUUAAGGAUACGUCAGAGUUCGAUGCAGAUCCUUUUGGUAAUCAAAGAUCGAAAUGUGCAGGUUUUCAGCCUCCUGCAGGCAUUGGCGGUGAUGGUCUUUCCCGCUAUCGGACAGAUUUCCAUGAAAUUGAGAAAAUUGGUUAUGGAAACUUCAACCAGGUUUUCAAAGUCUUGAAGAGAAUUGAUGGUUGCAUGUAUGCCGUAAAACAUAGCAUGAGACAGUUGCAUCAGGAUGCAGAAAGGCGCAAGGCUUUGAUGGAAGUUCAAGCUUUGGCGGCUUUAGGGUACCACGAGAAUAUAGUUGGAUAUUAUUCAUCUUGGUUUGAAAACCAGCAACACUACAUCCAAUUGGAGCUAUGUGAGCACAGCCUAUCUCUCAAUAGACUAUCUAAACUAUUCACAGAAAGAGAAGCUUUAGAGGCAAUGUAUCAGAUUGCUAAAGCAUUGCAGUUUAUACACGGGAGAGGAAUAGUUCACUUAGACGUAAAGCCAGAAAACAUAUAUGUAAAAAAUGGAGUUUAUAAACUUGGUGAUUUCGGUUGUGCAACUCUCAUUGAUAAAAGCUUGGCAAUUGAAGAAGGUGAUGCUCGGUACAUGCCCCAAGAAAUCCUGAAUGAGAAUUAUGAAAAUCUAGACAAAGUUGAUAUAUUCUCGUUAGGAGCUUCCAUCUAUGAACUUGCAAGAGGGUCACCGUUACCUGAAUCAGGUUCUCAUUUCCUCACUCUUCGGGAAGGAAAACUGCCCCUUCUUCCUGGUCGUUCAAUCCCGUUUCAGAAUUUAAUCAAGGUCAUGAUGGAUGCCAAUCCUGUUCGUAGACCAACUGCCAAAGAACUAGUUGAGAAUCCAAUUUUUUACAGGAUUGGAAAGAACAAGUAAAAAAUCAAAAGUAUAUAAUCAGGGCUUCUAGCAAACCGAUAAAUACGAAAUCAGGUUUCUAGCGCUGCUGCACACUAAUGUACUUAUGUUUUGCAAUAAUUAAAAGGACUUUGAAUGGCAGUGGACUUCAGAUAUGGAAGUCGGGCCAUACUGUUUUCUCCAUUUUCUUGCACCAGAUUUUCAAUUGUGGUGGUGCUAACUUUGUAUAGACUAGAAAUGUGAACAAGUGGCCGUAUUUUUGUUGCGAUUAUGGUAAUUUGUUUUAGCAUUGUUUCAAGGCCUCUCUGUUUCUUGACCUAAACAUAUCUUACCCUUUCGAGUUAAUCAUCCGGUCAGCUGGUUUGUAAGAUUACUCAAUUUAAAGAUUUUGUUUGUAUAUUCGAUCUGAAAGGCUAUUUAUUGGUUGCUU